AUGUCUGACGCUUUAGAAAAAUUAAGAGAGUUCACUGUUAUUGUAGCAGAUACUGCAGAUUUCGCAGUUUUGUCAAAGUUUAACUCACAAGACAGUACCACCAAUCCAUCAUUGGUAUACCAAGCUGCCUCAAAGCCACAGUACAAACAUUUGAUCGACGACGCCGUUGCCUAUGCAAAGAAGAAUGCCUCCGACAAGAAGGCAAGAUUGACAUUGGCUAUGGAUAAGCUCUUUGUCAACUUUGGUCUUGAGAUUCUCAAGAUCGUUCCAGGUCGUGUAUCAACAGAGGUCGAUGCCCGUCUCUCAUACGACACCGAGGGUAACAUUAAGAAGGCUCGUGAGUUGAUCAAGCUCUACGAGGAUGCCGGUGUCAAGCGUGAUCGUGUUUUGAUUAAGCUCGCCUCGACCUGGGAGGGUAUCCAAGCUGCUCGUGUCCUCGAGAAAGAAGGUAUCCACUGCAACAUGACUUUGUUGUUCUCUUUGAUCCAAGCGGCCGCCUGCGCAGAGGCCAACGUCACAUUGAUCAGUCCAUUCGUCGGUCGUAUCACCGACUACUUCAAGGCCAAAGAAGGCAAGGACUUUGGUGCCUCUGCCGACCCAGGUGUCGUCUCUGUCAAGAGCAUCUACCACUACUACAAGAAGCACGGAUACUCCACCGUUGUUAUGGGUGCUAGUUUCCGUACUAAGGAGCAAGCCGUUGAGUUGGCCGGUAUCGACUUGUUGACCUUGUCACCAGGUAUUCUCGAGGCACUCCAAGCAUCGGACAGCUCAAUCGUAUCACGUAAGCUCUCACCAUCCGACAAGCCAGAGCACGUUCCAGAGAAGAUCGUCCCAGAUUCAUCAAUGUUUGCCUACGAACUCAUGAGAAACGAAAUGGCUCACUUCAAGACUGCCGAGGGUAUCCGUAAGUUUGCCGACGAUUUAAUUACAUUGGAAAAGACAAUCGAACCAAUGUUGGAAUAA